GCCGCCCCUUCCCGGCUGCCUCAGCGGCCGGCUGAUGGCGGCGGCGGCGCGGUGACGGUUUUCAAUUGAAGAGAAAAUGUCACUUUACGAUGACUUGGGAGUUGAGACCAGCGAUUCUAAAACAGAAGGCUGGUCCAAAAACUUCAAACUACUACAGUCUCAGCUGCAGGUGAAGAAAGCAGCUCUCACACAAGCAAAGAGUCAGAGAACAAAACAAAGCACAGUGCUUGCUCCUGUAAUUGACCUGAAACGAGGAGGCUCUUCUGAUGAGAGACAGAUUGUGGACACACCACCUCAUGUCGCAGCUGGCUUAAAGGAUCCUGUACCCAGUGGUUUCUCUGCAGGAGAUGUGUUGAUCCCUUUGGCAGAUGAGUAUGAUCCCAUGUUCCCAAAUGACUAUGAAAAAGUGGUAAAACGUCAAAGGGAGGAGCGACAGAGGCAGCGUGAGCUGGAGAGGCAAAAGGAGAUUGAAGAAAGAGAAAAAAGACGUAAAGACAGACAUGAAGCCAGUGGCUUUUCAAGAAGACCAGAUCCUGAUUCUGAUGAAGAUGAAGAUUAUGAAAGGGAGAGACGAAAACGAAGUAUGGGAGGAGCUGCCAUUGCACCACCCACUUCCCUUGUGGAGAAGGACAAAGAACCUGUAGCAUCAUUUCCAUACGAAGAGGAGUCGAGACCUCGGCCACCAUCUUCCAAAGCAGCUAUUCCUCCUCCAGUAUAUGAUGAGCCAGAAAGACCUCGUUCCCCCACAGGACCUAGCAACUCUUUCCUUGCUAACAUGGGAGGGACAGUGGCUCAUAAAAUCAUGCAGAAGUAUGGUUUCAGAGAGGGCCAGGGGCUGGGAAAGCAUGAACAGGGGCUGAGCACAGCACUCUCAGUGGAGAAAACAAGCAAGAGGGGUGGCAAGAUCAUUGUUGGUGAUUCUACAGAGAAAGAAACUGGCAAAAAAGCGGAUUCGAACCCAUUGACUGAGAUACUGAAAUGCCCAACUAAAGUGGUCUUAUUAAGGAACAUGGUUGGUGCUGGGGAGGUGGAUGAAGAUCUAGAAGUUGAAACUAAGGAGGAAUGUGAGAAGUAUGGCAAGGUUGGGAAAUGCGUCAUCUUUGAGAUUCCUGGUGCCCCUGAUGAUGAAGCUGUAAGAAUAUUCCUAGAGUUCGAACGGGUUGAAUCUGCCAUCAAAGCUGUUGUGGAUCUAAAUGGAAGAUACUUUGGAGGCAGAGUCGUGAAGGCUUGUUUCUACAACCUGGACAAGUUCCGAGUACUGGAUCUGGCUGAGCAAGUUUGAUUUUAAAGCUCCUGCUCGAGGUGGCACUGUUUUGGCAAUCACGUUUUCAGCAGUAGGCUGGGAAUAAGGAAGAGCAAAGUAGCUUUCCUAGCAAACUGGAAACAAGCCUCAUUGAAUGGAUUUUUCACAUUCGUUGUGACUUACAUUUUUCUUUUUGUAAUAUAAAGCCCUUUGAAAGUCAGAUUCACGUCUGUGUGGUUUUGAAUUGCACAAUUCCGCUUAAUUGCUCUGGGGAUCUGGAUUGUUUUGGAGCUUUCAGACGCCGUGGUUCUCUUGAAAACCCACUGCUGAGGAGAUGCUUUGUCUGUAUUCCUGCUUUCCUUGUUCUGGUGCUUCAUCAUGGAGUCCCUGUGCUGCCUCCACAGUAAGUGGGAAGCUCUGGAAAGGGACUAUGUGCUGUCAUGCUUCUCUUCCCUCAUGGUAUCUCUCAGUUACAUUACAGCCUUGCACGCCAGAGUGAUUUGGGAUUGUUGGACAGUUGGCAGCUAGUUUGUUCUUACCUGACUCCGGGACCAUGCUUUCUAUGGAGACUAACAAGGAAUGAGUCUGUCUUUCUUCCCAAAUCCAAAGAAUAUACACGUUUAACCCAGGGAAAUGGAAGGAGGAAGGAAUUUAAACUGCUCAGCCAUUUGAAUCGGAAUGAGUGGACUGUUAGCAGGAGCUUUGUGCUGUCAGGCAGUCUUUACAGAAAUAGCCAGGGUUAACUGAUGACAGGUCAUUACUCAAAUGCUACGGGUAGAACUGAGGGGAACUCAUUCUUGUGUCUCAGAAUCUCAAUUCCUCUAAUGUCACACAUAACUAACUUCUUGUUUCAUUGAUUCUAACCUGGCCAUUGUUAUACCUCUGUAUUUCUAUAUUGGAGGUUGAAUAACACCAAGCUUGGUUUUUUUCUUCUGAGGAGUGCCAGUGGAACAGUUCAGAGUAGUAGGUGAUGGAGGAGAAUUCUCAUACAUAAUCUGAAGAGUAUAAACUAAACGAUUAAACACUAGUUUUUGAUAAUCUAAUGUAAAAUCAGAGCUAACACUCUGCUCCUGAUUGAUGUUUGCUUUUUGUUUGGGAACAGUAUGUGACAAAGAGCUGGCAAGGGGUGACUGCAGUGAUGGCAGUUGUCUCUGUGCUCCAUUGCACCUAGGAUUAUGCAGAUACCAAUCUGGAAGUGAGCUCUGAGGGCAUUUAAGCUGUUUGAGAGCUGAUGCUGGAUGUCUUCUUCCUAUUAUGUAUUGGGGGGAGGGGGUAUAGACCUGUAGUUGAUCAACGCUGUGAAUAUCUCCAGUUAUCAGCCUUUUAUUAAGUUUGAGCUGCAGAUCUGUAUGAGAAGCCCUUGGUCUUGUGUUUCACUGAUUUUGUCUGUGUUCCACCAACCUCUGUACAAACAUUUGCUUGUAAAACAGAAAUCAGUUUUUAAAAAAACCCUUGUAUUUUA